CCCUUCUAUCUGCGGAACCUGCAUCUAUCUAUCUAGUGUAUUUAGAGAGAGAGUUUUAGAGAGAGAGAGAGAGAUUGUUGUUGAUUCCUGCUUCAUGGGUAGGCAGGAGGAUGAGAGAUUAGAGGAGAGAUUGCUCAUGGAAGCUGUGUUUCCACAGAAUGAAAGCAAUGGGCCAUACACUGGAGAUGGUUCGGUUAACAUUAAGGGCCAACCUGUGUUGAAGAGCAACACUGGAAAUUGGAAAGCAUGCUCCUUCAUUCUUGGUACUGAAUGUUGUGAACGUUUAGCUUACUAUGGGAUUGCUACUAACCUUGUCAACUAUCUCACCCAAACAAUGCAUGAAGGAAAUUUCUCUGCUGCAAAAAAUGUUUCCAAUUGGGCAGGCACUUGCUACAUAUCACCCCUUAUCGGAGCGCUCUUGGCAGAUGCAUAUUGGGGAAGAUAUUGGACAAUUGCUGCCUUCUCCAUAAUAUAUUUUAUAGGAAUGUGCACAAUGACUAUAUCAGCCUCAGUUCCUGCACUUAAGCCAGCUGAAUGUGUUGGUUCCAUAUGCCCUUCAGCUACUACUGCUCAGUAUGUGGUAUUGUAUUUUGGGCUGUAUCUGAUUGCACUAGGAACUGGCGGGAUCAAACCAUGUGUUUCUUCCUUUGGAGCGGGUCAAUUUGAUGAUACCGAUCCAAAAGAGAGGGUAAAGAAGGGGUCUUUCUUUAAUUGGUUUUAUUUUUCUAUCGAUAUAGGUGCUCUUGUAGCAGGUAGUUUAAUUGUGUGGAUUCAAGAAAAUAUUGGGUGGGGCCUGGGUUUUGGCAUCUCUGCAUUGUUUAUGGGCACUGCCAUUGCAAAUUUCUUUUUAGGCACUCCUUUGUAUAGAUUUCAGAAGCCAGGGGGUAGCCCUCUUACCAGAAUUUGCCAAGUUUUGGUUGCAUCAUUUCACAAGUGGAAUUUGGAGGUUCCUACAGACAGUAGUCUCCUGUAUGAAACACCAGACAAAACCUCAGCAACUGAAGGAAGCAGAAAACUUGACCAUACCGAUGAUCUGAAGUGCCUCGACAAAGCUGCAGUAAUCCCAGAUGCUGAGAACCAAGAUGGGGACUUCUCCAAUCCGUGGAGACUUUGCACUGUAACACAGGUGGAGGAACUGAAAAUAUUGAUCCGCAUGUUUCCAAUUUGGGCUACUGGAAUUAUCAUUUGUGCUGUUUAUGCACAAAUAUGUACAAUGUUUGUUGAGCAAGGGAUGAUGAUGGACAGGACUAUUGGCUCCUUCACCAUUCCUGCAGCCUCUCUUGCAACAAUUGAAGUCAUCAGUGUCAUUUUCUGGAUCCCAGUCUACGAUUGGGUUCUUGUCCCAAUUGCAAGGAAAUUUACUGGCUCGGAAAAAGGCUUUUCAAAUUUACGGCGUAUGGGAAUCGGCCUCUUUAUUUCAGUACUAAGCAUGGUUGCUGCUGCUUUGCUGGAGAUGAAGAGGUUGGCACUUGCAAAAGCCCUUGGUUUGGUUGAUGAAGAUGUUCCAGUACCAAUUAGUAUCGCAUGGCAAAUUCCUCAGUAUUUCUUGUUUGGGUUUGCAGAAGUGUUUACAUUCAUCGGUCAGCUUGAGUUCUUUUACGAGCAGUCGCCAGAUGGCAUGCGUAGCUUGUGUACUGCAUUUUGGCUCAUGUUGUUUUCGUUGGGAAAUUACUUGAUCUCUCUUAUUCUUACAGUAGUGACAGCUAUAACAACCGAGGGCGGGAAGGUUGGAUGGAUACCGGAUAACUUGAAUGAAGGCCAUCUUGAUUAUUUCUUCUGGCUGUUGGCUGGACUCAGCUUCUUAAACUUCUUGGUUUAUGUCUUCUGUGCCAGAAUGUAUAAACUCAAAAAGACUUCAUAGCUUUUUCCACUAGUGCUGAGAAUAAGAUUUCUAAUUGAUAUUUAUUUCCAAAAUAAUGUUUUGAUUUCUAAUCCAUAAA